UAUGAAUUUUAAGUUUCCCAUCAGUGCUCGUUGACGAUUCGUUAGCGUUUUGGGUGUGCGUUUAUGUUACCACGAUUUAAUAGAGGCGAAGAAAUUGUUGUUAGUUCGUGCCUAGCUUAACUCCUUGGCCCGUAGCAAAUCCCGUAGCAACAAGAAGAAAAAAAAGAAACCCCUCUCCAGUGAAACGCGGGCGCGCGGGCAAAUUGGCAAAACAUAAAGGCGUUGUUAAUAGUUGCGCCCGAAUGUGCAUAACAGUGAGUGUCGCAAAAAACGUCCUUACACGGAUUAGCGCUAGCCGAAACAUAAGCGCAACGGUGUGCGUGUGGUGUGUGGUUAAGAAAAUUGCGUUUUUAUGUGUAGCAAAGUAAGUGGCAGCGUGUGCGAGCGUUGUAUUGCGUGACGACCGGCAAACAGCGAUAGCAGCAUGAGUCGUUGCGAGCUACUGUUGCCGGCCCUGCUACUGCUGGUGUCGGUACAGGUGAACUACAGUUUGCAGUACGAUUCGGCAGAAUCUUCCCGGUACUAUCAUCCGACCGGUGCCGGCAGCGAAACCGGCAGCAAUCUGCGCUACGAUGCGCCGGACGAUUGCAAAUACCGGAUCCUGCCCGGCAACGAGGUCGAUCUGGCGUGCAAUCUCCGCACGGUGAACAGUGAAUUUGACAACACGAACUUCAGUGUGAUUCCGGCCGAACAUACGGCCGCCCUUUCCAUCCUGUGCAAUGAAGCCAUCAUGGCGCGAAGCAAGCUGCUGCCCAACUCGUUCGUCCAUCUGGUGCGGCUAAAGGCACUGGCACUCGAGUACUGUAAGAUUGCGAAGUUUUCCAGCACGGUGCUGGCCGGGUUGGGCGAUUUGCGCAACUUUACCCUUCGCACGCACAACAUUGCCUGGCCGGAGCUGAAUCUGGAGAUCGAGGCGGACGCGUUCGGGUACACGCGCAACCUGGAAGUGCUCGAUUUGAGCACGAACAACAUUUGGUCGCUUCCCGACCAUUUGUUUUGCUCGCUCAGUGGUCUGCGGUCCCUUAACAUUAGCUCGAACCGGCUGCAGGACGUGAACGAUCUAGGGUUCCGCGAGAAGGGCGUGAAGGACGAGCUGGAAGCGGCGGAAGCCCCGAAAGCGAACAGUUCCGGUACGGUUCCGCCACCGGUAAGCUGUGCGCUGGAUCUAGAGGAUCUGGAUGUGUCGAGAAACCAUUUUGUGUUGCUUCCGGCCGCCGGUUUCGGUAUGCUGAAGCGGUUAAAGAUGCUGAAAAUACAUGACAACGAAAUCUCGAUGGUAGGCGACAAGGCGCUGAGUGGCCUGAAGGAGUUGCAGAUACUUGAUUUGAGUUCGAACAAGCUGGUAGCGCUGCCAACCGAUCUGUUCCGCGAUCCGGCCCAAUCAAUUCAGGAGAUUUACCUGCAGAACAAUUCAAUCAGUGUACUUUCACCCGGGUUGUUCUCAAAACUGGAGCAACUGCAAGCGUUGGAUCUGUCCCAGAAUCAGCUGACAUCGGCCUGGGUGAAUCGGGAAACGUUCGCGGGCCUCAUACGGCUGGUGCUGCUCAAUUUGGCCAGCAACAAGAUAAGCAAGCUAGAGUCGGAAAUCUUUUCCGAUCUGUAUACGUUGCAGAUUUUGAACUUGCGUCAUAAUCAGCUGGAGAUCAUUGCAGCGGAUACGUUCUCGCCGAUGAACAAUCUUCACACGCUGCUUCUUUCACACAAUAAGCUGAAAUAUCUGGACGCCUAUUCGUUGAACGGGCUGUAUGCACUGUCGCUGCUGUCGCUAGACAACAACGCCCUCACGGGCGUACAUCCGGAAGCGUUCCGGAACUGUAGCUCACUGCAAGAUCUUAACUUGAAUGGCAACGAGCUUACCCAGGUGCCGCUCGCACUGAAAGAUAUGCGCCUGCUGCGCACGGUCGAUCUGGGCGAGAACUCUAUCACCGUUAUCGAAGAGCCGGGUUUCCGUGGCAUGAACAAUCUGUACGGACUGCGACUGAUAAGCAACAGCAUCGAAAACAUUACGCGCAAAGCGUUCAAAGAUCUACCCAGCUUGCAGAUCCUAAAUGUGGCGCGGAACAAGAUUACGUACAUCGAGAAGGGAGCGUUUGAACCGGCGGUCAGUGUGCAGGCGAUCAGGCUCGAUGGUAAUUUGCUGACCGACAUCGAUGGUCUCUUCACUAGCAUGCCGAAUCUGGUGUGGCUAAACAUUUCCGACAACAAGCUGGAGCACUUUGACUACGCGCACAUUCCUCCCCACCUGCAAUGGUUGGAUCUGCAUCGGAACGAGCUUACCGAGUUGACGAAUCGCUACGGUUUGGAUAAUCAGCUGCACCUGCAGACGCUCGAUGCAAGCUUUAAUCGACUGACGCGUGUUACGCCGGCCACCAUUCCGAACAGUAUCGAGUUCCUAUUUCUUAACGAUAAUCUGAUCGUGCAUGUGGAGCCGCACUGUUUCAUGCACAAGACGAACCUGACCCGGGUCGAUCUGUACGCGAAUCAACUCACCAGCCUGGACAUCAAGGCACUUCGGUUGCAACCCGUACCGGAGGAUAAGCAGAUACCGGAGUUUUACAUCGGCGGAAAUCCGUUCGUGUGUGAUUGUAAUAUUGACUGGUUGCAGAAGAUCAAUCACGUAACGUCACGCCAAUAUCCGACGAUCAAUGACAUCGAAACGGUGUACUGCAAGCUGAUGUACAAUCGGGAACGUUCCUACAUUCCACUGAUCGAGGCAGAACCGAAACAUUUCCUGUGCAGCUACAACACCCACUGCUUUGCCCUGUGCCAUUGUUGCGAGUUUGACGCGUGUGACUGUGAGAUGACGUGUCCGAAUAAUUGCGCCUGCUAUCACGAUAACAGCUGGUCAACGAAUAUCGUCGAGUGUUCGGCGGCGGGUUACACGGACAUACCGAACAACAUCCCGAUGGAUACGACCGAGGUGUAUAUCGAUGGUAACAACUUGGUUGAGCUGUCGGGGCAUAGUUUUAUUGGGCGCAAGAAUUUACGCGUGCUGUACGCUAAUCAUUCCAACAUCGAGGCCAUCUACAACACGACCUUCAUCGGGUUGCGGCGAUUAACGAUUCUACAUCUGGAGAACAACGCCAUCCGGAAGCUGUACGGGCAUGAGUUUUCCGCACUGGAAAGUUUACGCGAGCUCUAUCUGCAGGGCAAUCGUAUCGCGUACAUCGAGGACCAUACGUUUGCCGAGUUACGCAAGCUGGAAGUGCUUCGGCUGGAUGGGAACCGUAUCACAAGCUUCGAAGUGUGGCAACUGUCGGCCAAUCCGUAUCUGGUGGAGAUCGCUCUCGCCAACAAUCUCUGGACGUGUGACUGUGGGUUCGUGAACAAGCUGCGUAGCUAUUUGCAGUCGAAUGCGGAUAAGAUACUGGACGCGAACGAGAUCUCGUGCAGCUACAACAACGCGACCAGCAUUCUGCGCGACAAUGGUACGAAGUGUACGUUCCGCGAGGGAAUGUCCUCGAUUGUGCAUCGGCAGGAAAUAGAAGAUAUGUUGCCGCUGCUGCUGGUAGCAACGUGCGCAUUCGUUGGCUUUUUCGGACUAAUCUUCGGCAUUUUCUGCUAUCGCAAGGAGCUGAAGGUGUGGGUACAUUCCGGGCUGUGCUACAAGUCGGGCACGUUUGUGAACGAGUACGAUAAGGAUCGGCUGUACGAUGCGUACAUUACGUACUCGCUGCAAGACGAACACUUUGUGAGUCAAAUUUUGACCUCCACCCUCGAGAACGACAUCGGUUUCCGGCUGUGCCUGCACUAUCGCGACCUGAACGCGAACGCUUAUCUGGCGGACACGAUCGUCGAAGCGGUGGAAAGUUCGAAGCGGGCGAUCCUCGUACUGUCCAAAAGCUUCCUCUACAACGAAUGGACACGGUUCGAGUUUAAGGGUGCAAUCCACGAGGUGCUGAAGCGUCGCCGGAAGCUGAUUAUCAUCCUGUACGGUGAUCUGCCGCAGCGCGAUCUUGACGCCGACAUGCGGCUGUACCUGCGCACCAACACCUGCAUCGAGUGGGAUGACAAGAAGUUCUGGCAGAAGCUGCGCAUUGCCCUGCCGCACGUGAAGAAGAGCAACUGUCUGAACAAGCGGUCGGCGAUCAACAUCUAUGCGACGGCCGGCAACGACUACAAUAUGCCGGGGCGUCCGUCAACGCUCGGCCCAUCGGUGGCGAGCGCCCGUCUCGAUGGGCCCCAGCACCACAGUUACGCCACGAUCGGUCCUAACUGUCCCAGAAACUGUGAUACUUACGAUACGGUUAGCAAUUGUAAAUACAACACCACCCAGCACCAGACCCACCACGAGCGGCGCAUGAAUGCGGACUUCGGGCGAAAGGCGACGGACGGUCGGCAGCAUGAGUACGCCGUGCCGUCCAACUGUCUGCUGGACACGACGCACGAAACGUACAACACGACGGCAAGCUGCGAGCGUAUCGCCGGCGAAACGUUCGAGUGUACCUCGACCAGCUCCAAGUUCUCCACAUCCACGCGAGGAUCGGGCAGCGAUUCCGGCAGCCAUUCGAUCUCCUCCGCACAUCACGACUUCCAGGGCAAUCGGUCGCCCAACGGCUGUCCGCCGAAUCUGUUGUCCACCACCAACUUCUCCUACAACCACCAUCCGCAUCACCAUCACAAUGGAAGCAGUCGGAGCAAACCGGGCCCCGGUCCUGGUCCUGGUUCCGGUCCCGGUCCGGACAGUGUUGGCACGGGUGGGAAGGGUCCAGCCGAUAAGAGUAACCCGGGCACGCUCGGGACGGACAGUAGAGGUGGCAACAGUUUUAAUGAUAGAAGACUGCCACAGGCAAUGUGGGCAUAACGAUUACUUAAGAGCAGCAGGUUAGUUAAUUAUUUUUAUCGUUAGAUGUAAUGGAAGCGAUCCCAGCUGACUGGAGGAUCCCCGGUAUCGAUCGUACCGUAGAGCGCGUGAUCGAGUGUGAGUGAGAAUGUCCGGGAAGUUGAAGUGUAAAGCCCCGGGACGUAAAGACUGCCAGUGUCGUCCGGGUGACGUUUUGUUAGAUGGACAAAUCAGCCGACUUGUCUUUAGGGUUGUUAGAUUUUACCUUUUUGACGAAUCAUUUCUUCUCCGUACCCUCAAUUCCUCCAUUCCCUGCAACAAGGCCGGCAGAAUGGCACGCACGAAACAUAGUUACUAAUUAGCGAUUAUAGGGCCUCCCGCAGAUAAUAUUCCAAUGUACGCGAUACUCCGUUAAAAUAAUGAACCAGGGAUGAAAACCAAAAUUCCCAAGCGGGAACACGUUUCUGUAGCAACCGUGACACCAGACCAGGAAGGAAUGUCGAGAAAGAUGGAAAGGAAUGGGAAUGGGAAACCAAAAUAAGGAAAAGAAAAAAAGGAUGCCUGCGAGACGCUCACACGCAACUCUCCUGCAAUUUCGAACGUUACGUGCGCUUGCUGAGUGCCACGCAGUGCCUUUUCGGGAGAUGGGAAAAACCAAGCAAAAGUAAAGGCAGACGAAAAAGGAAACACAUAAAUGCAACGAGCGCUUGUUGAGAGAAAUAAAAACAGUGAAAUAUGACGGUUUUUCCCAAAAGCGACAGGAGGCCAGCAAAACCGUGGGCAAGAAACAUUGUCAUAAAAGGAAGAGGCAGGACAAAGCAGAAGUAUUCUAGUCAAGGCAAGAGGUGUUGGGUUUUCUAAUCUCGCUUAGAAAAUCAAUCGUUUCUUGAAAAUAAAAAAAACUGACGCUGCGCAGGGGUUGAGCGUGGCCAAACGUGGCCGGGUACAGUGAAACCAGAACCCGAAGGGCAUUAGACGGUCCCUAGCUAGAACGAGUUCUAAUCUAAUUUUUCACGCUUCACCAGCAUCGAAAUGGAAGAGUGUUUAGCUGAUCGCGAGUGCAAGAAAAACGUGAAGGGCACAGCAGUAAAGGAUUUCAAAAUACCCCCCAUGAGACGGAAAAUUGAAUGUAAAAUUAUUCUCCACCGAAGGUUACGUUGCGUGACACACACACACACCCAGAGGCAAGGGAGGACGCACAUCCAGAUUAAUUACAAUACUGCAAGACAAUGCUCUCACAUUGCACGUGGUCUGGCACCGUGAAUUGAGCCUGAGUAAGCGAGUUUUUUUUUUGUUGUUUUCGAUGUAAAACGCUUACGAUCAUCCUAUCCGUUCCGACCGAACUUCAAUUGAUCGAGCUGAAUGGAAUGUUAAUCCUUGUAUUUAAUUUGCUUUUUCCCGUCAGCAACAAAUUGAUUAUAGCCGUGUCUAUGGGGAGGACGGCAAAGGAACGAAGUGAACACACAGUACGAUGCUGUAGAUGAAAACAAGAGACAAAGCAAAAUUUUCCAGGUUUCCAGAGAUUUUGGUGGACUUUCGUGUGAAUGAAUGAAUGAGUGAAUGAAACCUCCGCCCCCAGCAUCCGUGCACUCGAUGUUAAAUUACCAUCGAUGCAAUGUUUGUUGUGUUUCUGUUUUUUUUUUCUCGAUACCUCACAAGCGGAUGGAACGAGCGAGUGGCGAAUGUGCGCUAAGUAGGUACGCUGGGCUACCGACAGGCUUACCUACAGCAGAGUAAUGCAAAGAUUGUAAAUACGGGACAAAGGAUUAAGGGUGUAGCAUACAAGAAAAAAACCAACGAUUUAACGAACUGGCUAGGGGAACGGCAGAAGUUGAAUAUUUCACAAGCAAAUAUGUACAUAUUUUUGAUGGACGUAUCAAAGCGUCCCUUCUUCUUUAGGCACAUAAGACUAGUGGCGAGGUGAAAGCAAAAUUACAUUUGGCAGUGAACUUUUUUUUCGCAGACGUAAUGAAAGUACUAAACGCAAAACAUAACAUUAACUAAGUCAGCUCGGAGUGGGUAGGAAUAUUCAGAAAUUGAUAGACAAAAUUAUCAUUGAUAUCUCGCUGAAGCAAAUUAUCUUCAUCACAACAGCUUACCUAGACGGACCGAUCAGUGUACAUAGAAGACAAGGGGAAAACACACAAAAAACACAACAAAAUCCAAUGGCACAGGAAUAUACCUAAAGCGUCAAUCGUUCAUUCACUAGAAACAAACAAAAAAAACGCAUUAAACUUAUAAUUCGAUUCUUCUAGCGAAGCAAAGCAGUGAUGAGGUAAAACCUGAGCCUAUCAAACGAAAUAACACAAAUGUUCUGUCGGUUCUCAAUUCUCUUAGACAAAACAGCAACAAAGAAAACCACACCAGUAAAAAUGAAAUAGAAAGCAACAGCAAUCUUAAACCAGAGCAAUGUUACCACGUACUCACCUGAUGGUAGGUAUUUUGUUUAGGUGAAACUUACAGCCACGCUCAUAGCCAUAAAACCAUCACUCCGGUAAGAAGUUCAUGCCAUUACAGCUGGAAGUAAAGAUGAGAUCAAAUGCACUGCAUUAACAUUGAACAUAGAAGACAAAAGGAUAAACAAAACAAAGCAAAAACAAACUCCGAGAAAGGAGAACUAUUGCAAGUAAACUUAAACAACGCAUAGUUUCACAACAAAAGUAAGAAAUAAAAACAAAACUAUAAUUUAUUUAUGAAAAUUGAAA